ACAGUCCUUGCAGCCUAAUGACCUGGGUGGGCCCCGUCAGGUAACGUGUCACCCAGCCUCCAACAUGGCCACUCCCUGGAAACUUGCUCCAAGUCUCACUUUUCUACUUUAAGUGUAACAGAGCUGCAAUGGGGCCUGUCGGCCUGAACAGAGAAGCAUGACUGUUAUCAUACAAGGCACAGUGUGUGAUUCCAUUUUGGGGUUUCCUGCUUUAUUUCCUUCUACAUCUCUAUUACAAGUCUGCAAGGAAGGACAGGACUGAACAGCUAUGGCUAUUGAACCUUCCCUGUUAGACGCCUGCACCUUUCAACUAAAGACAUGUUUAAAGAACAUUCACAAGGUGAUCCAGAAAGCGAAUGAAAUGUUGUGUGGUAUCAGCCAGCCCUCGGUAUGCAGUGAAGUACUGAUGUCCUCUCGGGGAGCGGAAUAUAUCUCAGGUGUGAUUGAGGUGUACAGAGUAUCAAAAAGAAUGGAAGGGGGAAUGAAAAGAUUCAGCAUUGAUUGUGAGAGGUUGCAGCUUGCCUUCCGGGAUAUUGAAUUAGCAUGGAAUAAUUUGCAGGCCUUCAUGUCCAUGUGUCCCAGCAUACUGCAGAAACUGCCUGCCCCAUCAGCCUUUGAUUAUGAGGCUAAAGCAAUGACGUCUGACUCAAGCCUUUGCCUUCAGAGGUGCUGCGGUGUAUGCCUACUGGAGAGACUGGACCAACAGGCCUCACCUGAACCCAUAGGGAACAUGCUGCAGUUUGGGGGACGCUCCUAUCACCCAAGCUGUGCCAACUUUUGGCUGCACUGCGUGGACUCCAGCCUCCCUGUAUUGUCUUGUCGAAGUAACUGUUCAGCUUGUGUUAAACUAAAAGAAGAGAUAAAGUGACCUCACAAAGUUUUAGAACUGGACAAAGACCAGCUUAUUUAUUUUAUUCUGUGGUGCUGUUAUGCAUUAAAACAAAGAAUGGAGGUCGAGUCAGACACCACCAUGGAAGACACAAAUAUGAAGAUGUGGAUGUAACUCUCGGGGAACAUACACCAAACUUAGCAUUGUUUACAGUAUCCAGUGCAAUGUUACAUUUUAAUACAAACUUUGAACUUUUGAAUAUUUUAUUUGGACAUUAUUCAGAAUUUAUAAUUCAAAUUUACAAUGAACACUCCCUUUUAGUUCAAGCAAUCAUACAAUUCCUUCUAUUACUGCCAGCAUGCUCUAAAAUUUGACUUCAGUGCUAAAUGACUAGAUGUUACCAUUUUGGAGGUCUUAUGAUGUAUGGCCAGCGCUUUACAGUAAGAAAAACAAAUGAAGAAUUUUGAUAUAAAGGAAA